AUGAGUAUUCAUCCGAAACAACAACAUAGUCCGGUGCAGGAGCAACAACAACAACAUCUUCCUCGUCCUUCUCCAUUCGAUGAGCUGUCUGCAAUUUUCUAUCCUCUACAGCAAGAAAAUUCAAGUUUUGGUGAUUCCAAUGGAGAUCAGUCUCCCAAUUCCAAGUUGAUCUCAGCACUAAUCAACGAUAACGAUUUUUUAGAUGAGAUCGGAAAGGAAGGACCAAUCUACCGUAUCAUGUCGUCGAUGAUGGAAGGAUCUUCGCCGGCACGAGAAAUUCAACCACCGUCACCAGAAGACCCCGAAGCGAGAAGUGUAGUACUGUACGAUCAUCAAAUCCAAGUUGUAGCUGAUGCAGCUGCUUAUUGUUACCAACCUUUCCUUCUCCCGCCAGGUUUUAGAUUUGUACCAAAUGAUGACGAACUCAUCCGUUGUUACUUGUUACCGUUCUUACGCGGCUACCCAUUCCUGCCCUGUAUCGACAUCCAUCACGUCGACAUCUACAAGUACAACCCCGAAGAGCUUGCAGCCGAGUUCAAGAAGGGAAAUGAUAAAGACGAGUGGUUUUUCAUCACGGAGAGGAGAAAGAAUUGGUUAAGGCCGGAUUGUAGUGCUAAUGGAGGAUACUGGAGACCAACAGGGAGUGAGACAAAGGUUGAUGCCGGAAAAGGAGUGUUAGGCUCCAAAAGAACUCUUGUUUUUCACACGGGAAAACAACCAAAGGGCACCAAAACCGAUUGGAUGAUGCAAGAAUACCAUUUGGACCAUCCUCUGCCUCCUCCUCCGCGUGAUAACAACUCCAAUGAGGACAACAAGAUGCUGGAUACAGUUUUGUGCAAGAUUUACGAUACGCCAAAGGGAAAGAAGAGGAGAGCAUAUGAGGAAGAGAAACAAGAAGACGAAGACGAGGAUGAGUUGUUUUCAACUUUCUAUCUUGGAAAGCAAGAAACCGAAGAAGAAGAAGAAGAAGAAGAAGAUGAUGAUGUGAGGGCCAUGCCUUGUACCGAUGAACACUAUUAG